AUGCAAUCUGAGACCGCGCUCGCGAAUCGAGUGAGGAAUUGCGGCGAUCUCGAGCACGCAAAGAAGAUUCACGCGGUGAUUCUCGGUAGCGACCACAGGCACAGCAGAUAUCUCUCGAAUUUGCUCGUGGAAGCCUAUGGAAAGUGCGGAAGCUUGGACGAUGCCACGGCGGUGUUCGAUGCGAUCGACGCGCCCAAUUCUUACUCGUGGAAUCUGCUGCUCCGCGCCUACACCCACAAUCGUGAGCUCCGCAGGGCGGAAGAGAUCUUUGCGAGGAUCCCGGAAAGAGAUCGCGAUGGCGUGGCGUGGACGACGAUCAUCUCGGCGUAUGCCCGCGCUGGACAGAUCCACGACGCGCGGAGGCUGCUGGAGAGGAUGCCUCGCCUGGAGAAGAAGUUGGCGCUCACGACGAUGAUCACGGCGUAUGCCCAGCGCGGGCAUUUGCAGGAAUCGCAAGCUAUGUUCGAUCAAAUCGCCGACAAGGACACCGCGUGCUGGAAUGCCUUGCUCACUGCGUAUGCAAGCAAUGGAGAAACGAAUCGUGCAAAGGAGAUCUUCGAUCAGAUGGGCGAUCGAGACAGGAUCUCCUGGACCGCGCUUCUCACAGCAUUUGCCAAGAAUGGGCAAAUUCAAGAAGCGUGGAAACUCUUUGAUGUUAUGCCCAAAGAGCUCAAGGCAUCCAGCGCCUAUAACACGAUGAUGAGCGCUUGCAUUGCGUCAGACAACAUCUCUGAAGCUCGAGCUCUCUUUGAUCAGAUGGACAUCCGGGACACCGUAUCGUGGAAUCUCCUAAUCACUGGCUACGCAAGGCUUGGAAGUGUGGAUAUGGCACGAGCAAUCUUUGAUGCCAUGCCAGAGAGAGAUGUUGUAUCAUGGAAUUCCAUUCUUACGGCAAAUGCCCAGAAAGGGCAUGCCAAGGAAUCGCAACGAAUCUUUGAUGAGAUGCCUUGCCACGACAUGGUAUCGUGGAAUGCCCUUAUCGCUGCCUAUGCGAUGGAGGGUAGUUUAGGUCGAGCUAAGUUUGUGUUCGAUCAAGCUCCAGCUAGAGAUAGUGUGACAUGGAAAUCUCUUCUAACAGCAUACGCCCAUAAUGGGCAUAUUGAGGAUGCUGAGAUUUUGAUCCAGAAAAUGCCCUUGCAGUGCUUGAGCGCGUGCACGGCCAUGAUCAUGGGGUACGGACAGAAUGCCCUGGUGAUUCCAGCACGGAAUCUCUUCAAUGACAUGCCCUGCUGGGACAUUCUGACCUUGAAUUGCCUGCUCAAUGCCUACGUCCAGAAUGGCCACCUUCUGGACGCACGAGGUUUGCUGGAAGAGAUGCCCGAGCACGACGCUGCAUCGUGGAACGUCCUUCUCGCCGCUAGCAAAGAUUCGCGUGAAGCAAAGAGGAUCUUUGAUCGAAUCCUGUAUAGAGACAUCGUUUCAUACAACGCAAUCAUCUCUGGAUACGCACAGAGCGGAAAUCUGGACAAGGAGAUGCCCGAGAAGGAUGUGAUCACCUGGAACACGAUGCUGGGCGCCUAUGCUCAAAACGGGGAUCUAGAGAAGGCGAGGAGCGUUUUUUAUGAGAUGCCACAGCAGGCACUGUCGUCCUGGAACGCGAUGCUCGCAGCCUACAUCCAAUCCGGGCACACCGACGAGGCCAAGCGAUUCUUCGCCGAGAUGCCGCAGAGGAACAUCCUGUCCUGGAACACGAUCCUGGGAGCUUGCUCGAGAGCCGAGGAAGGAAAAGCCCUCUUCGAUACGAUGCCUGCCAGGGACAUCGUCUCGUGGAACUCGAUGAUCUGGGCAUACUCCCAAGGUGGCGAUGUCGCCAGCGCCAAGACCCUCUUCGAUUCCAUGCCAAUCCGGCAAACUUCGUCGUGGAACGCAGUGAUCGGAGCUUACGCCAGCGCCAACGAUCUCAUCCCCGCGAGAGAGCUCUUCGAUGAGAUGCCGCAGCGAGAUCUAGUGUCGUGGAACACGAUAAUCUCUGCGUAUGCUCGCGAAGGAAUCAGCGAUGCCGUGACCCUCUUCGAUCAAAUGCCCGAGAGAGACGCUGGAUCGUGGAUUGCUGUGGUGGCCGGCUGCAUUGGAGCUGGAUUAACCCAGAGAGCCAAGGAUUUCUUCCAAAUCUGCCCAGACAAGGAGGCCAUUGCGUCGCUCAUGAUCGCGAUGCUUGCCGAGAAGGGCGAUCUGGAAGCCGCGAGGAGCGCGUUUGAUCGCCUCCACAAUCCCAAGCUCGUGGAGUGCAACGCGAUCAUCACGGCCUACGCGCAGCAAGGAUAUCCGAGAGAAGCGCGCGAGCUCUUCAACGCAAUGACGUGGCGGGAUGCUGUGACGUGGAAUGCCAUGGUGGCAGCAUAUUCCCAGAACGGAGACCUAGAUGCGGCUCUCUUCCUCGCGGCGACCAUGCCGGAGCAAACUCUGGUGUCGAUCAACGCGAUAAUCACCGCGCUCGCCUCCACUGGCCACUGGAUCGAGGCGUUCCAUCGAUUCCGGCAGAUGCUGAUCCAGGGCUUCGAUCCCGACGGAAUCACAUUCGUCACGAUCCUUACGGCGAGCGGCGGCUGCGCGGUCGAUUGCUCCAAGAGCUUCGUCGCCAUGGCAGUGGAUUUCAGCGUGGAGCCCGGGAUCAAGCACUACAGCUGCCUGAUCGACGCGCUGUGUAGAUCCGGUCAGGAAGAAGCCGCCCAGCAGGUGCUGCGAUUGAUGCCAAUCGUGCCGGAUGCUGUGACUUGGACGAGCUUGCUGACAGCGUGUGGAAUACAUGGCUCGCCCGGAAGAACCCUAAUCGCGAAGAACGCCACACGUGGCAAGGGGGCCUCCCCUUAUGUGUUACUUUCAAAUAUUCUAGCUAGUAGUUUUUAG